AUGAUUCAGUACAAAAUAGAGCUUCAAGACCGUUAUUGGUAUUUGAUUUUCAGGUUUUUAAAUAAAGCGAAGCUCAACAAUAAUAUCUCAGCAACAGAUGUUGAAGAAACAAGAACGUUUCUAGCUCUCCUACCAAUUUUUGCGAGCACAAUUGUAAUGAACUGUUGCUUAGCACAACUAUCAACCUACUCCGUACAACAAGGCAUGUUGAUGAACAAAAAACUCACGCAGUCCUUCGAGGUUCCUCCCGCUUCUCUCAACGCUAUUGCUCUCUUACUUUUGCUCUUUUCUAUAGCUUUCUACGAACUAUUUGGGAAAAGAAUCUCAUCAAGCAAUAACGAAAGGUCAACGAGCUUCAAUUUGAAACGCAUAGGAGCAGGCCUAGCUCUCACCUCUGUUUCAAUGGCGAUAGCAUCCAUCGUGGAGGCCAAGAGAAAACACGAGGCGGUUCACAACAACAUCAAAAUCUCUGUGUUCUGGUUAGAGUUUCUGUAUGUCUUGCUGAGUUUCUCGGAUAUGUUGACUCUUGGAGGAAUGUUAGAGUUCUUCUAUAGAGAAUCUCCGGCGAGUAUGAAGACCAUCAGCACGGCGUUGGGGUGGUUCUCUACCUCAUUAGGUUUCUUCCUAAGUUCGCUUCUUGUGGAUGUCACUAAAGCGGUCACGGGAUGGCUCGACGGAAAAGAUGCUAACGGCUCCAGGCUCGAGCUGUUCUAUGCGGUCCUGUGUGUUCUUAAUACCCUUAAUCUUUUUAAUUAUAUUUUCUGGGCGAAAAGAUAUUAA